AUGCCUGCUCUACGCGCCAGCGUCAACCGCCCGGCCGGUACCUACGAAACCAAGUCAACGACUGUUAAGAAGGAUCAUGAAAAUGCCCGUGCAAAAGUCGCGCCCUUGGACGCGCAACUCAAGGCCACCUUCAACGAAUACGGCAACUAA